AUGAUAGAACAUCAGGAAGGCCUUGCAAAGAAAUUCAUUAAAGAAUUAACGGACAAUUUAAAAGGAAAGAGAUUUAAAGAAGUCCUAAGCUUUUUUGAAAAUAACAAUUAUGAUGAGAUCAUAAGAGAAUCCUCGUGGGAUAUUGUAUCAACAGUAUCGUCUUACGUUACUACAGAAAAUUUGAAAUGCAAUGGAGACUUGGUUGAAUGUUGUACAGCAAUAUUAAAUACUAUAGUAGAAAAAUGUAAUCCUUCCGAAACGGUGUUAGAACUAUUGGAGCAAGUGGAAGAUCCAGAAGACGAUAUAAAAUUUUCUAUAAUUUUAAGUGUACUUAGCAAAUGUCUUUCUAAAAUGGACAAAAAGAUGAGAGCCAUAGAAUGGUGUAUCAAACCAUUAAUAAAUGAAUCAAGAUUAGAAAAUGCAGGGAAAUGUACUAUAUUAAGAGAUUAUCUUGCUAGCAUUUUAAUCUUUCUCAUGGGAAAACCAUUGUUUUAUUUUCAAGAAGCAGAACUAGAAUCAUGUUUAAAUCAAUCAUUACCUGAGAAAAUUGUAAUACUUGUAAGUCAUGUAACUGGUGACUUGCUUUCAUUUUUAAACAUUGCAAGUACAAGAAGUAGGGAAAACAAAUCCAAGAAGAAGAAUAUAGAUGAGGAGAAUAUUGAUCUAAAAGUAACACUUUUUGAAUUGGACGAGAACAUAUCAGAUUUGGCAUAUGCUAAUUUCUACUUUUAUGUUAUAACAAAACUGCAUCUGUGGGAAAAAGUACCACAGAUAUAUGAUUGGCAAUAUAUCUUUGAGACAAGCAUAUAUCUUAUUGUUAAAUUACUACAAGAACAAGAAAGCAUUGCUAAAGGUUUAAAUCUUUUGGAACAUCUUUUGAUAAGAUUAACAAGACAUUCUUUAACAUUACAAUCAUUACAGUUGAAUAUAUACUUUGAAUUAUUCAAUGCACUUGUGAAAGUAAUGAUUUAUUCCAAUAGCGUUCAAGAAAGAAAAAAAGCUUUGAAUUUAUUUCAAAACUAUAUUGAAAUAUUUGACAUACAAGCUAGAUACUCUAUUAUUUUGUAUUUAUAUCAAACUAGCGAACAUUCAGGUUUACUGAGUUUAACUACUGGAAUAUUUAAAACUUCUAUCAUUGAAUGUCUUCAAGCAUCACCUCCUGUACCAUAUUUUUUUGCUUGUAAAUUACCCCAUGGUAGUGCAUCAGAUUUAGUGGAAUUAUCUGACGAAAUAAUCACAAGCUUGAAUCUGUUAAGAUUUUUAUUUAUAAGGGAUGAGGGAAAUCAAACUGGUAUUUGGAACUUAGUAGAUAAACUUCAACAUGAGUAUUUAAAACCACUGAGAGAAGGAAUAGAUCUCUGUAAGGCGCAUUGGAAAGUAAAAAUAAAAGAUUUGGAAGAGCAAAAGAAAACAUAUAAAAUAUUUGAAAAUAUAGAACUAGAAAAAAGUGAUGCUGAGAUAACAUUAACCGUCGGUGAUGAAAAAUUACCAGCAAUGCCAAUUCCAGAAAAGAUUACAUUUUGUUAUCAAGCAAUAAAUGGUCUCGAUGUGAUGGAAAGUUUUAGACGUUUAUGGACUUGUAGAGUUUUACUCACAAAUCAACUCGAAAAUGAUCAACAGCAAUCAAGUCAAGAACACGAUGGUAAAGAAAACGAUGAGGAAUAUGAGAAGAACAUCAAAAUGAAAAUUCUUGCUGCAUCUUUAAAAUAUGUUCAUGAUCUUGGAUGGAGCCAGCAAGCCAUCAGUGCUGGUGCUGAAUCUAUUGGAUACCCUGGGAUAAUUCAUGGAUUAUUCCCUAAUCGAGGAGCAGAUUUGGUUCAUUACUUCUACUUAACGUGCAACAAAGAAUUGAAUAAAAUACUUGAGGAACAAGCUCUUGCUGUUGAACAGAGUCCUACUAAAAAGAAAAAAACAUUAGAAUUACAAGUACGCGAUGCUGUUGAGACAAGAUUGAGAAUGGUGAUCCCAUAUAAAAAAACAUGGCCACAAGCUUUAGCCCUUAUGGCUUUACCACCUAAUGUACCAUUGUCAUUAGCUAAUUUACUUACUUUAGUGGACGAUAUUUGCUAUUAUGCUGGCGACAAAUCAGUUGACAUAAACUGGUACACUAGAAGGAUAGUAUUAGCAGGUAUUUAUAAAACCACUGAAUUGUAUAUGUUACAAGAUAAUAGUGAAGAUCAUCAGAAAACUUGGAAUUUCUUGGAAAGACGAAUAAAAGAUGCAACACAAAUUCAUACAAUUCUAACAACAACUUCUGAUAUGGCAUUACCAGAUUUAAAUCGUGCUACUGAAACAGCGUAUGCUGCUUUUGUUACAGUAAGUUUUUUUAAAGUUUAAAUUGUUUUGUAAAAUACUUAAACUAUAUAUUUUCAUUUCCAAUAGGCACGCAAUAUACUUGGACUGAAUUGGAAUAGAUAG